AUGGAUCACUUACGCCAUCUGGCUUUUGGUCUCUCGGAUUCGGAUUUUCGGGGGUCAAGGGAGGCGCGCCUGGAGUUGGAUCGGUUUAUGGCGCCCGAAAAUCUCCUCCGCAUAUGGCGUCAGGGUGAACAGGAGACGGCGGAGACGCUCCUUCGCGAGGCAGAGGCCGUUGGGAGCCCUGAAGUUUACGCUGCUCUCGGCGAUGGCCUGAAGCGGCUUUUCGACACGGGUACCGGUCGAGCAGCCGCGGAGAACUUUCUCCGGUUGGACACAUCUCACAUUGUCACCCGUUUUCUUGUGAACGGCGUGGCUCACGAGGAUCUCUCCAGGGCGGCAAGUGUGCGCCCGGCCUUGAUUGGUGUGAUGGCUUUGCUUCCAUCUGAUUUAGCGCCACCUGUAGGAGAGUUUUUGUCAGCCUUUUUAAAGAACGAGCGGGUUCUACGAUUGUUUGAUGAGAACAAGCCUGAGUCCGCAGAAAAUGAAAUGGUGUGUCGGUUCCUGCUCAGCUACACGGAUUUGAUUUCAUUCAUCACCUCAUCAACUGUAUUCGCCUUUGAGCACGACCCCCUUCUCGUGGCCAACUAUCUAAUGAUCAGCUGUAUCAUUUCUCGUUACGUGGAGAUGCCGUCGCCGCUGCUUGAAAAAAUUGAGAGGGCACUCACGGAAUAUGAGGAUGAGUUUGUGUUUUGUUUUGUAUGUCGCGCAUGUGCCUCGGCACUCCGAAAUCAUGAACUGAAUGCCGAAAGGUACGCGUCUUUAUGGGGAGUGAAAGCUGCUCUUUCAUUGGCGCAGUGCAACGAUAGUGUUCGAGACGCCAUCUACGAAUUUCUUGGAGGCGCAAGCACCACCGCUGCUGGAUGGCGUGGUAUAUAUUCGGUUGUGCCCAUAGAAGACGAGAUUGUGCGCGCUUUGGACGUCGCCGCUCUUCGCCCCAGGGCCCUAGGCCUCAUGGACACCUUCGUACAGUCUCCACAUGUCCCAGACUCAUUUUUUAGUUCUUUGCUCUUGCAUGCUGCGUGGCAAUUUUGCGGGGAUGCCGAUGAUGUUUCUCGAGAGAAUUUGUGGUGUUUUAUUAGUGACGGAUUGGUGCGAAAAAACAUCAUGCUGUCGAUGGCACCGUUAUGCGCAUCUUUUUUUUAUUCUAUGCCACAAGAAGCCAAUGUAAGUGUGCGCGAACGGCAGCUGCAGGUUGCGACUUUUCUUGUGGAACGAGCAGGCCUUUCACAGGAGAUGGUGGAUCGUCUAAAGCAGUUUUGCGCGCGUGGACUCUAUCCGCCUUCUUCCGUAGGCCUGGAGUCGAUGGCACGCCACUAA